UGGCGGGCAGGCGUGAGGUGUUGGUGGUGGCGGGGCAACGCUGCGGGAGCAGCCUCGGCCGCCACCGCCUUGCACCAUUGCACCAUGUCGGGGCAGCUGGAGUGUUGCGAGCGCGAGUGGCACGAGCUGGAGGGAGAAUUUCAGGAACUGCAGGAGACCCACAGGAUCUACAGGCAGAAGCUGGAGGAGCUGACAGCACUGCAGGCCUUGUGUAGCAGUUCCAUCCACAAGCAGAAGAGGCGGCUCAAGGACUUGAAGCACACGCUCCAGAGGUACAAGCGCCAUGCCAGCCAGGAGGAGGCAGAGCUGGUCCAGCAGAUGAGUGCCCACAUUAAGGAGCGGCAGAAUGUCUUCUUUGACAUGGAGGCCUACCUGCCCAAGAAGAAUGGGCUCUACUUGAAUCUGGUCCUUGGUAAUGUGAAUGUGACCCUCCUCAGCAACCAGGCCAAGUUUGCCUACAAGGAUGAGUAUGAGAAGUUCAAGCUCUACCUGACUAUAAUCCUGCUCCUGGGAGCUGUGGCGUGUCGCUUUGUCCUUCACUACAGGGUGACGGAUGAAGUUUUUAACUUCCUGCUGGUGUGGUAUUACUGCACCCUGACGAUCCGGGAGAGUAUUCUCAUCAGCAACGGCUCGAGAAUUAAAGGCUGGUGGGUGUCUCACCAUUAUGUCUCUACGUUCCUGUCUGGAGUGAUGCUGACCUGGCCCAAUGGACUAAUUUAUCAGAAGUUUCGCAAUCAGUUUUUAGCAUUCUCAAUUUUUCAGAGCUGUGUCCAGUUCCUACAGUAUUAUUACCAGAGGGGCUGCCUCUACAGGUUGCGAGCCCUGGGUGAAAGGAAUCACCUGGACCUCACUGUGGAAGGAUUCCAGUCCUGGAUGUGGCGAGGCCUCACCUUCCUCCUCCCUUUCCUCUUCUGUGGCCAUUUCUGGCAGCUCUACAAUGCUGUCACACUGUUUGAGCUCUCCAGCCAUGAAGAAUGCAGAGAAUGGCAGGACCAGCCUGAUGCUGGGAACUCAUUGCCUUUACCGAGUUCACCUACUUCUGCACCUGGAAACCCCUGCAGCUUUGCUGGGGCCCUGGGGCCCCAGGUGAGGACCUACACUUCAGCAGGGGACUUGACCCAGCUUCUCUCUCCUCUCCACCCACCCUGCCCUCUGUGCUGCUGGGCGCUGCAUCCCUGUGGGACCACAGGUGUUCGUGCUGGCUCUCACCUUCCUCGUCCUCUUCCUUGGCAAUUUCCUGACCACGCUCAAGGUCGUGCACGCCAAACUCCAGAAGAACAGAAACAAGACGAAGAAGCCAUGAGCCUUGGACUUGUCUGCAUUCAGGGUUGGGUGUGCCAAAUUCCAGAACAGAAAUGAGAUGAAGAAGCUGUGAGCAUCUCAACUUGUGUGCCCCUGGGGUCCCGGACUUUGAGACUACUGGGGAUUCCUGUUGGCACCCUGGAUGCCCGUCACUGGUGGCCAACAGCAGUAGCAUCUCAGGGGCCAGUGGCAUUGCUGGGAGCAGGGCUAAGGCCCCCUCCCAAGCAGGACAUGAGGAAUGUGAAGCCCACCUCUCUGCACAGUAUUAGUCUCCCUAUUUAUGACAUAUUUAAUACCGGGUCCUCCCAACUUCCCUAGAAUCUGAGGCCUUCCCUGCUGCUCUCAGCAAUAGCUGAGACUGGGUCAGUCUUCCUAGGGGUGGGGCCCAAAUCCUCAGGGAGCCCCUUUGCCCCCACCCCUGUCAUUUGAACCCCCUCACGAAGGGGUUUGGAUGUGCCUCACAGGGGUUGGACUUAUGCUGACUUGCUGCUUACCGCACCCCAGGCGCAGGGUGGAAUGAAACCUUCCAGCAUCCUGUGGAGCCCCCUCCCCUGGGCCCCUGCUGUAAGCCCCCUCCGCGGCCCCCCGCCCUCAGUGAUGGGGGAUUAUUUAAGUUCUCAGAGAACCACU